GGGCGUCGUCGUGUUUACUCCGUCGGCAGCGCCCGCGCGGCACGCAUCAGUUUCUUUCCUAAGUCCCUUAUAUUUUAAUUAACCUUUUAUUUAUUCAUUAGUCGUAUUUAAUGUUCAUGUGACAUUAGUGGGUGUUAGAUUUUUGUUGGAGUUUAUACUAUUAAAAUUAUAAUGAAGGAGCUGAUUCUCCUGUUAGUGGUGUUCUGCCACGGCGUGGUGAGCGUGAACUAUUGCUGCCCAGACCAUGAGAUCCUGCGGCCAGGAGGAUACUGCGGAGAGAGCAAGCACCGUGUCCAUCUCAACUGCACACUUGGCCACAUGCUGCUUAAAGAAGUGAUCGUCGAUGGCACUAAACUUUACACAAAGGAUGCGCCGAAUUUCGUCAUUGUUGAGGAUCCCGCUGAAUAUUGCACCGGCCAGAUGUAUCUAAACGCGUCUCAGCCAGGAUUGGGCACGAUCGCAGCCGCCAUCGCCUGUUUCCAGGAGUUCCACAAAGACUCCAGGCCGAUUGAGGUUACGGGCUUCCUCACACUGGUAUCAGUGUUGUUCCUGCUCGCCACUUUAGCCGUAUACAUGUACCUACCAGAAAUGAGAGACCUACAAGGCCAAUGCUAUAUGUGCAUGUGCAUUAGUAUGGCGAUUGGAUUCCUAUCUUUAGGCAUCUUGCAACUGAGCCCUGGACACUACACAACCGAAGUCUGUGCAGUUACCGGGUUUCUCGUGUAUUUUUGGAUGAUAGCUACAUUCUUUUGGAUGAACGUUAUAUGUAUCAACGUGUACCGCAAUGUGAUAGACUCCAGUUACUUGAAGAAAACUGAAAGGAAACAGUUCGGCAUCUACAGCAUUUACGCAUGGGGCUGUAGCAUCAUAUUCUUAUUCGUGGCCCUCAUAACCAACUUUGUGGAAGGCGAUCAUCUGAAGCCAGGCAUCGGGACGUCAACUUGCUGGUUCCAAGGUCGAACCGAGACUUGGACUUUCUUCUACGGGCCCAUCGCCGUGCUCAUCUCUGCCAACGUGGCGCUCUUUAUACUGUCUUCGAUCCAUUUAUGGCGCGACACCAGACAGUACGAAGUCAACAAGCUGAAUAUCCUCAAAUACAGGUUCCUGCUUUCACUAAAACUGUUUCUCGUCAUGGGAGUUUCGUGGGUAUUUGAAAUUGCCAGUUUCGCUCACGGAGAAAGUCUUAUCAUAUGGGAAAUUAUGGACGUAUUCAACUGCCUACAAGGAGUGGUGAUAUUCCUCAUACUGGUGGUAUUGAGGAGGCGGGCGGUGCAAGGACUGGUAAAGGAGAACUGCUGCCUAGCGGUUCUGAGACCGUUGUCUGACCGCCUGAGCCCUCACGAUGAUCCGGACGAUCAGCAGAUACUCUCUGAUGAUCAUAUGGAAGUUAGGCUCAACUGAAUACUCUAUAAAACUCCACCAAAUUUAAAACAGACAGAUUUAGAUGCCACUUCGUCGUUGCCUUUCCUCAAAAAACAUGGGCAAAAUUAAUGACGUAAAACCUGCCUAACUAUAGUCCAGUGGUACAACUUUAGGCCAAGAAUUUAAUUUAAUUUGGCCGCAAAAUAAGAUAUUUAAAAAAUAAUUACAUCUAAAUAAUGUAGUUAGUUUUGGACCAUGUUUAAGAUUUUUUUCCAAAUUUGAGUGGUUUUACGGUAUUCCUGGGCUAUAACCGCGACAAUCGAAGUUCGCAAAUUGCGGGCCUCUUUCUCUGUUACUCUAAUUACGCCUUCAUUGGAGUAAAAGAGAAAGAUCCCCGUAAUUUGCAGAUUUCGGUUUUCGUGGUAGGCCCCCUGGUCAUAGAUAAGCCAAGACACAGUAAGUCACAAAAAAAAAUUUGGGUCUCGUGUUCUUAACCAUCGAGAACAAAAGAGAUCCUUUCUGUGUCUUUAUAAUUAUUAAUAGAUACUUAGUUUACAUUAGAAUGCUAUCCAAAUAUUACACUUAAGUAAUUUUAAAGUCUAAUCGUACUUCUAAUCAAAGACGAUAUACAGACUGGUUAAAUAAGAUGUUAUUUCCGGAACGCUAAAAGCUGUUCGGAAGUUAUCAUAAUAAUGUUAUAAUUUUAAUUUAUAAGUAAUAUAAAGUAUCAAUUAUUUUGAUAUAUUUAAUAUUGCUUAGUUUUAUAUUUUUAUCUAUUUCAUUUUCUUUAAACAAGUUUUAAGGAAAAGUUUUCAUUUGGUGCUAAUGUUUUACUAUAAAUAUAAUUUUGUUUUAAUUCUUAUUUUACGCCUAACAAUCUAUUGAAUUAUCUCAUAUAAUGCUCUCAACUCGUGCCAUGAAAAAUUAUGUAUGUUCUUGUUUUUAAAUAAUUUAGAUACUUUCUCUUAUUUUUACUUCUCACAUGCUGUAAAUAUUAGGAUAUUUUGAAUAUGAAUAUUAGUUUCAAUUGGUUCCUAUGAAGUGUUAUGAAUGCAUGGUUUGUGUACAAGAAUAAAAUUAAUUACAUAAA